AAACCCACGUCACUCUCUCAACCAAUCAAAAAACCCGCGUUUUCCCGAGCUUCGGGCAGUUUGCUUGAAGAGUUAGCGUAUGUAUUUCCUUUUCAGGUGUUACGUCAAGCUGUGAUUCAUGGGCAGAACAAGACAUUGACGAUGUAGAAAGCAAAGGCUCCAAAAGAACGCGCAAGAGGAGAGGAAGCAAACAAUCAUCCAGAACUAAAGGGAAAGAACAGAACUUUGUCAAGCGAAACAUCGAGUUGGCUGCCGAUGCUGGGAAUCUGAUUCCCAUGACAGAAGCGGAGAAAAAACGUUUAGAUGAACUACUCUCGGAUGAAACAGACCUUCUGAUGGUGGAGAAUGCGUACUCCGAAGGACUAUCACUAACAGCAGGUGAAGGUUUUACACUGGACUGUGAGUCAAAAGCUUCACUCGCCGAAAUAGACAGCAAACUUCAGGAACUUGUACCACAAGAAGAAAUGGACAUAUUAGCUAACCAAGAGACUUGGGAACCUCACCGAGAGCUGGAUCAGACAUCACAAAUAAAUAGUUCAAGUGAAAGAGAUAUUGACACCAUUGGAGUAGGAGAAAGGAUUCUCAGAGAAGAAAAAGAAAUGAGGGACAUGAAAUCGAGACUGUUUGCUAUCGAAGCUGAGCUUCAGACAUUGUACCGAGAGACUGGUGACGAAUCUGAGGCUGGUUUGUCGGAAGAGAUCCUAGCCAGGCUUAUUGAUGUUAACUCACGAACAACUUCAAGAAGUACAACAGUGUCAGAAAGUGUCAUGUCAGCUCUUUCCUCCGCCAGACCAGGAGAGGAAAUGAUCCAAGAGGAGGAUGAAACCGCUUUGUUAGCCAUACUUGACGACGAGAAUUCCAAGGACACGAGACCGCAUAGUACACAAAGUACAUACAGAAGCACUUGCACACCAGAUAACGAAGACCGCCGCGCUCUGAACCAACAGAGUUCACAAAGUAAUGAUUCUAGAAAGAUUAAACGGCAAGGUAGGCUAUCACAACAGAGCGGAACUCUAGAGGAUGAUGAAGAUGCGGUGGCAGAAAGCUUGAAUGAUUCUCUUUUAAGCACAUCGAGGAAAAAAUCGAAUUCGCGUGCUAGUUCUCAGAACUCAAAUCCGGCAAGGGACAUUGAUGACCGGCCGAAGAAUAAAAAAACGUAAAGAUUGACAACCGCUUCAAAAACUGCCUCGAGUCAGAAGUUUUUAAGUUUACAAGUUUCUACACGUACAUUAAAUAAAUGUUAUUGACACUUAUGCAUUCGUUUGAAGGUGUGCGAUUGACUUAUUGUCGAGUGUGAAACAGUUUCAGCAAUUACUUAUUGACAACAAGUUGCUUAUGUGUAUAUAAAUCCCAAAAUAAACGACAACGUAAAAAUGA